UUUUUUUCCCUCAUCACUGCCUUUUCGCAUUGCUUACUUCAAACAAAUUUCUUUAUUUCCUCACCCAAUUUCGUUUAUUCCUGUUUCUUUUGGUUUCGUUGCUGUGUUUUGUUCCAAGCCUAAAACGUGUGUGCGUGGGUUGCAUUUUCUACAUUAUCGGUGCUUUCUUUCGACCUUGACGCAUUGGCGUUACACAUGAAAAAUAUACAUUAUCAGCCUUUAUUAUUUAUUCGAAUUUAUUUUUCUCUCUCUUCCUCUCUGCCAACCAUCAACAAUCUAUGCACACUAUGAUUCUCACACCGAGUUCAUCCACGCGAACCACUCAAUCUGAACCACUCAAAGGGUACAGCAAAAGACAAUAUCUCUGGGAUUUUCUCAAAGGUCGAUCAUGUCGACCUCAACUCUUUCAUUACAAUCAACAAAAAGUCAAUCCUCAGGGAAUAUUUGGUGCGCCAUUGGAAUGUGCCGCUCAAUGCGGAAUACUGACUCCCCAAGGUUUACGUGUCCCAGCUCCAGUGUAUCUAUGCUUUACCGAAAUUAUCAAACGAGGUUUGAAAGUGGAAGGAUUGUUUCGAUUAUCAGGUGCAGCUUCCGAAGUCGCAUCAUUGGAACGACGGUUUGAUUUUCCCGGGACACACAGCAAAUCCAUUGAUUUAUCAAAACAUGAUAUUCAUACAAUUACCAGUAUCGUGAAGAAGUACCUGCGCCAAUUGCCUGUCCCGGUCAUUCCACCCCUCUUCCAUGAUAAAUUUCUCGCAGUAACAGAUUACAAAGAUGAAAAAGCCGCUGUCAAGAUCUUGGCUGAACUGAUCACUGAAUUACCUCAAGCGCAUCAUCACUUGCUAUUCUACAUUUUGAUAUUGGCUUCCGAAAUGCAAACCUACAGUGACUUGAACAUGAUGAAUCCUGAAGCUUUAGCGGUUGUCUUGGCACCUGUAUGUACCGGUCUGGAACAGACGUUGAAAGAGCUUCCGCUGUCCAAGAAAAAGAGACGACAAUCGCCCAGUAAAGAAGACAUGGAACUCCUCAUUGAACGGAACACUCAGUGGACUCAUCUCUGGCGCAUCAUGAUUUCCGAGCAUCAGCUGAUUCUGAAUAUCUUGUAUCAACAGCGUCAGAAAUCGCACUACACAGUUACCUUGCCUUCGCGCACACCUUCUCCGCCUGCCGUUGUCACACCAUCUCCUCCACCUCCUUUCCACAUUUUCAUGUCCCAGUUUUGCUCCGAGACGAUCGCCGUAGCCCCGCCACUGAAGGAAUCGAUUCGCGCCAAACGAAGAGAAUUAGACGAUGUCAACAGAAGGACCCAUCAUCGAAUGAUACGGCGACUUGCUUCGGUCUCCUCACUUCGAUCCUCUUUAAAUUAACCUAUGCCAGUUUUCCUCAUAUGCAUGUUUCUCUUCUUAUGGAUAUUUUUUCUUCUUUCUAAGCUCAACAGAUUUUAUACAUGUACAUAUUUUGUAUGACAUACGCCACAUAUGCUAUCUUUUCUCCUCUUUUAUAAAUAAUAUGAUUUAUGUUCACAACUCAUCACCUUUUUGUUCAGUACGAUGUACUUUUUUUUGGGUGUGUG